AUGGGUUCCCUGGUUCAGGCAGCGCUAACUCCGCCAGCCUCGGUGUCAGCAAACCUGGGAAGAACCGUCAAGAUCACCUGCUCCGGGGGUUACAGCAACUAUGAAGGCUGGCACCAACAGAAGACACCUGGCAGUGUCCCUGUCACUGUGAUCUAUGAUAGCAGCAGCAGACCCUCAGACAUCCCUUCACGAUUCUCCGGUUCCUACUCCAGCUCCACGGCCACAUUAACCAUCGAUGGGGUCCAAGCCGAGGACGAGGCUGUCUAUUACUGUGGUGGCAGGGACAGCAGCAUCACAGCAGUAACACCACUGCCAGUGACCUGGGUUCUGGCUUCACCCCUUCCCAGACCUCAUUUAAGGGUUGGCAGUGGAGGUGUGGGUACUUUGCUGGUGAUCCCUGUGUUCUUGAGGUCUUCUAAAGGUUCCCUGGUGCAGGCAGCACUGACUCAGCUGGCCUCAGUGUCAGCGAACCUGGGAGAAACAGUUUCCACCGACACCCACAUCUGUUCCUGGAUUAACAACUGUUAUGGCUGGUACCAGCAGAAGUCACCUGGCGGUGCCCUUGUCACUGUGAUCUAUUCCGACACCAACAGACCCUCAGACAUCCCUUCACGAUUCUCCGGUUCCUACUCCGGCUCCACAGCCACAUUAACCAUCGAUGGGGUCCAAGCCGAGGACGAGGCUGUCUAUUACUGUGGGAGCAGGGACAGCAGCAGUACUGGUUAUGGUGAUCCAGAGAGAUGUUGCACUGAAUUGAUGCCAAGUCUUAAAAAUGCCAGCAGAAGUGGGAUGGGGCCCAUUGCCCAAAGACCCCAGCUGGGCAUAGUGGAUCUUCCUAGGGCACCAGAGCUGUGGGUCAGCACAGCCAGCAGGAGAGGAGCACAGGCUGUGGCAUUACCCCAGCAGCUGCCCAUCCUCAUGGCAAUGGGUCUAUGCCAUGGACUCAAACUCCUUUUCAUAUCCUGGACUGCCCACAACACAGCCCACUCAUGCAGAAGCUGCCCUCCCAGUGGCAGCUCCCAUCAGAUGCUCCCCCUGCCCAAUGCAGCCAUUUCCCUGGACCCCUGAAGACCAAUUGUGGUUAGUUGUCACUAGGGUCAGAAGAUGAGGCUGUGGUGGCUAAUAUAGCAGCACUAAUGCUGGUACAGAAACAGAGGAAGAUGCAGAACUGAGCUGCAGACCUGAGUUAAAAAAGACCUGAGUUAAAAACAGAGGUCUUCUGCACUUGCUGGUUUACAGCUGAGCAGGCCUGUGGGGCUGAGGCAGAUUUAUGUCUUUUCUGCAUGGCCAUGUCUGUAAAUGCCUUCCUUGGUGUACCUACCUGUAUGAGAGGUUACUCUGGGUACUAAAUCACAUUAGACCUGUCCCUGAAAAGGCACAGCUCUGUGUCUCCCCUCCACCCAGCCCUGCUCCAUGUUGCUGCUGCAAGGCCCAGCCUCCCACUGCUGGAGCUGUCUCUGUACUGAGCUGUUCUGGUGUGGGCUCUGUUCCUGCAAUGUGCCACCACCAUCAGAGUGGAAGGGACCUCAGCCACAGCUGUGGCACACUAGAGAAACUCAGCAAGGAGCCCCCCAGUAUGGAGGCAGCUCCAGCAGAAAUAGGACAAGGGCAUCAGCUGCUACAGGCAGGGCUGGGCGUGC